AUGGCCGAAGACACGCUAACUACUCUGUCGCAAGUCACCUUUAGAUGGUGGAAGAUCUCUCUAAGGAGUGAGUAUCGAUCAACAAAACCUGGAGAAAUAAAAGAAACCCACGAAGACUUCCUAGAGAAUUCACACCUUCAAGUUCAAAUUGCCGUAGUAUUUGGUGCCAAAAUAGUAGAGUAUGUCUUCAAUUUGUGUGAAGGCAAAUUAGACUUCCUUGAACGGCUCUCAGACAAUUUACUCCUGCGUAUCAUAUCUUAUCUGGAUCUUGAAGAUGUUGCCAGGCUUUCUCAAACAUCACGCAGAUUUGCAAAGCUGUGCAUGUCUGACAAACUGUGGGAGCAGAUAGUUCAUUUGGCCUGUGACAACGUCACUCCUGACAUGAGGGCCCUGGCAGAGGACAUCGGCUGGAGGCAGAUGUUCUUCACCAACAAGCUCCAGCUCCAGCGGCAGCUCCGCAAGAGGAAGCAAAAACACGGAAACCAGAUUGAGGAGCAGCUUUAGGACGUUUUCCUACUAGCAGGAGAGCUGAGGCAUGCAUGGCUGUGGUUCCCUUCCAUGUCCGAUGCUCUUCUGUCUCUUUUUCUUAAGAACUGAGAGGUUUUGCUGAUUCAAAGAGCCAUUUGAAAAGCAUAGAGGAUUUGCGCCCAAAUGCAGCAGAACCUGGCUACCCAGUGCCUUGCUCGAAUCACUAUCUCUGUUGUUCUUACGGCAAAUCGUGGCCCAAGUACAAGGGCUGCAAGACAGGAAGCCCUAUCCUGACACCCAUGAGAAAAGUGGCUUCUGCAAUAUAUAAGAAAACAAUAAAUGAUUAUUAACAAGUUUUUAAAAAAUCAGAUAUCUACUUUAUCUAACGAUUCAAAAGAGUAACUCUGGGCUUUUGAAUGCUUUCCUGGUGUCGUGUCAUCUGAGCCCAUGCGUGGAGUAGGUAGCUGAGUGAGUAUCCCCACAGGGAACUAUGAGGGGCAGGUGCCACGGAGGGCACUUGGGUGAGUGCAGCUGUCUUCCCUACUUAGUUUCGCUAAGUCAAUAUUCGGGGCCCUGUCCUUGUGGGCCUGGGACACCUGGCUCCGUCCCCCUAGUAGACAACCUCUGACCUGGCACUAGGGCUUGGCUAGAGAAGUCCAGGCAUUCUGCUUGCAGACUCUGUUCAAAGUACAACUUUCCAAGACUUCACAUUGUUAAAUAAACCUAUACACAGUUCUUAGAGGGAUGCUGUUUCCCCAAAGAAAGUGGACAGCUACCACUUUUCACAAGGAUUUUAAAGAACAACAAUCUAUAGGUAACUAAGUGAAAAUGUAAGUACAGUUUGCAUUCUGUUAACAUGACAGAGGGGUAAAAACAGUACAGUCUUAGGGGAGAAAGAUCUACCUUACUGAGAAGGGUUACUUAAAAAUUCUUUUCUCCUUGCUUUUUCAUAAUGAUUAAAUACCCUCAGAUAAUUAACUAACUCAUAGUAGCAAAUAAUCUAAUGACUCUUUUUAGGUCACAGAACAAAGUUGCUUUCUACCUCCACCUCGCCUUAUUAACCUUAUAAUGUCUUCUUCCCUGCAGCCUCUACUUUCCUACCCAGGAAAAAUAACAUCUCCUCUGCCAGAGAAACACCCCAGGAUGUACCACGCCCUCCCGAAUGGUGCAGAGUGGUGGACUCUGGCUCUUCUCCUCACCUAAGUCCUUCCAGAAGAGCUCAACAGUAUGGCUUAGUGACAGAUAUGUUUUUAAAAAACUAAACUUGUGUUAAUAUCAAACCAGAUUUCAACCCUAAUCCAUACACCCUUAAAACCCGGUCACCUUGCUCCCCAGUGCCAAUUUGAGACUUCAACCUAGACCUGUGUGCUUCUCAUUCUUAGAGGUCCACAGUCAUGAGUUUCCAGGGACAUCUGGGAAGUCAAAUGCCAUCUGCUUCCUAGCCGAGGAGGGGUCCAUCAGAGUGGUGUCUGGAUUCAGUCCAAGCACAGAGCAAAGGUUUAAUCAUGGAGAGACUCAGGCCUCAUUGUCUGUGUAGGUGCCCAGAAUGGAGCUCCGAGGGCAGGAGGUCACGUCUCUGCAUGGCUUCUACUGCCUUGUCUCUCCCUGAGCUUCCAGACUUCACUCACGGCCCGGGCUUCAGUGACAGAACACAGGUCAAUACCGUGAGUACGCACACAUGGCCACAAUUUGGUAUGUCAACAUAAAUAUGUCACUUCAACUCACUUGUAACAAAUCAAUGUGAAAUGUCAGCAGCUUAAAGUUUCAUGUGUGGUGUUUUAUCAACAGACUGAGAUUCUGAAAUCUUAUGGACGUGCAUAACAGUCAAGAUUCAACAUGAAUCAAUACGAACAUAAAUAUGGCCAUUUGAAAAUACUUUAUAUAUCAAUAUACAUAUAUAUUUUAUA